AUGAGGUCCGAGAAUUAUAGCUUCUUUAAAGAGUAUAAAGGACCUAGUGACAGGGCAGUGUGUGGGAAUACGACAAGGAAGAACUCGACAUUCGAAGCCUCGGUGAGACAAGCUGUGAGGCAUGCUGCUGAGGCUGCACCAAGCAACAAAGGGUAUGGAAGGGCACAUGUGAAUGUGCCUGCGGCAGUGAAUGAGUCAGUUUAUGUGCUGGCUAAUUGUUGGAGGAAUCUGAAUGCUAGCUCUUGCAGAGCCUGUUUGGAUAAUGCAUCUGCUUCGAUGUUGGAAUGCUUGCCUUGGUCGGAGGGCCGAGCUCUGAACACCGGCUGCUUUAUGCGGUAUUCGGACAAAAACUUCCUCAACAAGGAACUAGGAAAUGGAAAUUCAAGAGUUACCACUAUAGUGAUAGUAGUUUCAGUUGUCAGUUCAGUGAUUGUUUUGGUAGUUGUAAUAGCAAUUGGUGUAUAUAUCAGAAAGCGCAGAUAUAUACAAAAGAAAAGAAGAGGUUCAAAUGAUGCAGAAAAAUUGGUAAAAAUUCUUAAUGACAGUAGCUUGAAUUUCAAGUAUUCCAUAAUAGAGAAGGCUACAAGUGCUUUUGAUAUUGCCAACAAGCUUGGGCAAGGAGGAUUUGGAACAGUUUAUAAGGGAAUUCUACCAGAUGGAAGAGAGAUUGCUGUCAAAAGACUUUUCUUCAACAAUCGACAUAGAGCAGCGGAUUUCUACAAUGAAGUUAACAUUAUAAGUAGUGUUGAACACAAGAAUCUAGUCAGGUUACUAGGUUGCAGCUGCUCUGGACCUGAAAGCCUUCUUAUCUAUGAAUUCAUGCGCAACAAAAGCCUUGAUCGUUUCAUCUUUGAUGCAAACAGAGGUAAAGCACUGAACUGGGAGAAGAGACGUGAAAUUAUUGUAGGGACAGCAGAAGGUUUAGUCUACCUUCAUGAGAACUCGAAUAUCAAAAUCAUUCACAGAGAUAUAAAAGCCAGUAACAUCUUAUUAGAUUCGAGACUUCGUGCUAAAAUUGCAGAUUUUGGGUUGGCUAGGACAUUCGAAGAAGAUAAGAGCCACAUAAGCACUGCCAUUGCAGGAACAUUAGGAUAUAUGGCUCCAGAGUACCUAGCCCAUGGCCAGUUGACAGAAAAGGCCGAUGUGUACAGCUUUGGGGUGCUUGUGUUAGAGAUUGUUACGGGUAAGCAGAACAACAGGAGCAAAACCUCAGAAUACUCGGACAGCCAAGUCACAGUAACUUGGAAGCAUUUUCAAUCAGGGACAUUUGAGGAUUUAUAUGAUUCAAAUCUAAUGCUUCAUAAUCACCCCGACAGAAAUAUUAAGAAUGAGAUCUUGAGAGUGGUGCACAUUGGACUUCUGUGCACCCAAGAGAAUCCUUCAUUGAGACCAGCAAUGUCAAAGGCUUUGCAGAUGCUAACAAAGAAGGAGGAGCACCUUCCUGCACCAACAAAUCCACCCUUUGCAGAUGAAACAACCAUGGAACUGAAUGACACGUGUGAAGACUCAUUUUACACCCUCAAAGCAGGAAUGUCUGAUUCGAUUGCUACGGUCUCCCAGAGUUCAUUCCGUCCCAGGGAGAAUGAAUGGUUUCUUGGAGAACCCAGGUGCUUGCAAGUUCUCUACUCAACUGAAAGAAACCACAGGUCACAGCUACCACUUGAAAACAUUCAACCACCGAAGCCAAAAGCUCGUUUCACCCGCCACCGGAAUCUGAGACGUUUCAGCGACUAUGAUGCCCAGAAAACGCUGAUCAUAGAAGAUCAAGAUGUCUCGCAACCAAAACCAAAGAUCAUAGGACGUGCAUGUAGUGUUUAUAUACUUGCCGACCUGGUCUCCACGGUAGUGGAGCGUUGUAUAGUAGGAGAUAAUAUAUUCAAGUUGUCUACUCGCAGAGCUAUCUUUGUGCUAUCAGUCCGCCGAGCUAUGAAGUGCUCAGGAUCCCUGUGUGCUGCUUAG